CACCCAUUUCAGAUGGAUGACUUAGACUACAGACAAAACUCCACAGUUCAGUACUGCUUUCCUGACAGCAACUUGUCUUGCAAACAGGAGGUCCGGACGGGCCCGGCGUAUAUGUCUUUGUUCAUUUUUCUCUCAUGUAUAUCUGUGUGUACUGUGUUUUUAAACCUGCUGGUGAUUAUCUCCAUCUCUCACUUCAAGCAGCUCCACACUCCAACCAACCUGCUCAUCCUCUCUCUGUCUGUGGCAGAUCUUCUCGUGGGACUAGUUGUUAUGCCUAUGAAUAUAAUACAACUGAUGGACUCCUGCUGGUAUUUUGGAAAAAUAGCGUGCUCUGUGUAUCCUCUGAUCAGUUUCGUCCCAAUGGCGGCAUCUCUCUGCAGCCUGAUUUUGAUCGCAAUUGAACGGUACAUUGCUGUUUGUGAUCCUCUGCUUUAUUCCACUAGAGUCACAGUUUGUAGAACCACAUUAGUUAUAAUUCUUGGCUGGUCUUUAUGUCUGUUUUAUAUCAUCAUAUAUUUGUACAUUAAUAACCACCUGGUUCCAUCUCAGAUUGUCACUAGUUGUAAUGGGGAGUGUGUAAUGAGCCUCAAACAUUUCUGGGUGAUUGUUGACCUGGUGGUGUCAUUUAUUGCCCCUUGCUGUAUUAUCCUGAUCUUAUAUUCAAUCAUUUUCCAAGUGGCAAGACGUCAAGCUAAAGCUGUUAAAGCCAUGAAAAAGGGAACUUCAUGUAAGCACAGGAGUAAAGCUUCAGGUUCAUCCCAAACAAAAGCUGCUAAAAAAUUAGGCACUGUAAUAUUUUUUUAUCUGGCUCUCUGGAUACCAUAUUAUUUAAGUUCUCUGUCAGUUGAAAGCUUGACAUCUUCCUCAGUAUUUUGGACUGUGUUUGGGUGGCUACAAUUUAUAAACUCCUCUGUGAAUCCACUAAUAUAUGCCAUUUUCUACUCAUGGUUCAGAGCAUCAGUUAAGUAUAUUGUAACAUGUCGAAUAUUUGAACCUUCAUCUUCAAGGUCUAAUUUGUUACCAGAUCACUCUUAAUUUUGAUAAAAACAAUAUCAAAUUCAUAUUUAACCAACCUGAUCAUGAAUGUCUGGGAAAGUGAAUGUAUUAGGUUUUUGACUUUGAAAUGUUAUUUUUGAAAUGAUAUAAUAUUAUUGGGUUUUGUGGGUUCAAUUUUACUCUGGCAACUAAAUCUGUGAGGAAUUUGGGGUGUUCUCCUUAUUCCUGCAUGCAUAACCUCCUACCUUGUAAAUAUACACAUGAUACUUGUAAUUUGAAAUUAUGAUAUUGGCUAAUUGUGAGUGCGUUUGGUACCCUGCAUUUGACUGGAACCCUGAACAGGGGUAUUCCUGCUCUAAUUCAGAAUAGACUACUGUAGACGUACAUCUGUGACCCUCAACAGGAAAAAUCAAAUACGUUUUAUUAAAUUAAAAACGACAUUAUAUGUAGUAUAAAUCAAUUUCAAAGCUAUGUUGACAAAGAAUGACGUAUGGGAAUUGUUAUGUGUAAUGAAGAUUUACAAAAUAUAUCAUCAAAGUAUAUCAUU